UCAAUCCCAACAACACGGGAAUAGACAUCAAACUUAGCUCUUACAUUCAGCUUCUUAAUUAGCUCGGGCUGUUUUUCUGAAAAAUAUGGCUCGAGCAAGAGUGAUCGCAGCGCUGGCUGUGGCGUUACUGGGCUGCGCAUUGGCCGUCGCCGGGGACGACGUCGCCCCAAGUGCGUCCCGACCCAAGGCGCAGCCCCCUGCGCCCGGGGGACUGCUGAAGGCGCACGCCACGUUCUACGGCGGCGCCGACGGCGCUGGCACCAUGGGCGGCGCGUGCGGGUACGGCAACCUCUACUCGGCCGGGUACGGCGCGAGCACGACGGCGCUGAGCACGGCGCUGUUCAACGACGGCGCGUCGUGCGGGCAGUGCUACAGGAUCGCGUGCGACGGCAAGCGGGCGGACCCCCGGUGGUGCAAGCUCGGCGAGGCGGUGACCGUUACGGCCACCAACUUCUGCCCGCCCAACUACGACCUGCCGAGCGACGACGGUGGCUGGUGCAAUCCGCCGCGGCCGCACUUCGACAUGGCGCAGCCGGCCUGGGAGAAGAUCGGCGUCUAUCGGGCCGGCAUCAUCCCCGUCGUAUACCAAAGGGUACCGUGCGUGCGGCGGGGCGGCGUGCGGUUCACCAUCAACGGCCAUGACUACUUCCAGCUUGUUCUAUUGACCAACGUCGCGACCAUUGGCUCGAUCAAGACGAUGGAUGUCAAGGGCUCCGAAUCACCCGACUGGAUGCCGAUGGCACGCAACUGGGGGGCGAAUUGGCACUCUCUCGCGUACCUCACGGGGCAGAGGCUCUCGUUCAGGGUGACCAACGAUGAUGGGCAGACUCUUACGUUCACAAAUGUGGUGCCAUCCGGCUGGAAGUUCGGCCAGACAUUUGCUAGCAACGUGCAGUUUAAGUGAGCAGCCUCACUAAAGAAUAUACUGGCCUGUGCCGCUGUGGGCAUACAGGUUGUUGACCCAUUGCUAGCUGUUUCCAUAUGUACGAGUAUUACAACUUGUUUUACAGUACUUGUAUAUACAUGCAACUGCUGUAUACCUCUUAUAUCAAUUUCUCUUCGAUUGGAAUAUAUUUAUCUUCUCCUUUACAA